AACAACCAGUUUUGAACCCCCAUAAUCCUGUUCCUUUGCUUUUUCUGGCUUCUUAAUACCCCCAAACAAGCCAUUUCCUCAGCACAUAUCAACCCUGUAAUAACCAACAGAAUUCCUAGAAUCGCAUGCCUUAUACGUCGUCAUUUAAUAAAGCCUAGCCCUGCACCCCUGCCUGCAAAUUAAAGCUUCCAAAAGUGUAUAUAUAUAGAUGUUCCAAAAUUGGACAUCUACUCGUUAUGGAGAAUAAUAAUAAUAACAAGGAGAAGUACUAUCAAGGUGAUUUGAGUGACAUAAUCCGUGCUAGUUAUGGUUAUUAUGGGAGCUACAACUCAGCAUCAUCUGAAGCUUCUUACAUGGUGGAAGACCCUCCUAUGAUGGCAAACUUCGGUGAUCCUUUCUCAAACUCGGCAGGAGAUCCCUUGCUACAUGAUAUGCCCUACUUUAACACUUUAUCUUGGGGACUGGAACCUGCUACUUGUGAUGAUGAUGAUGAUGAUUGUAUCAUGACUCAUCAUCAAAUCUCUCAUCCCAACCCCAAUUUAUUAUUACCCACCAUCUCAACGUGUCAAGAUUCUUCCUCCACAAUAAUGACAGUUAAUAAUAAUAGUACCAAGCCUUCUUCUGCUUAUUGCUUGGUGGAUAAUAACACAGGACCAAUGGUAGUGCAGAUCUCAGCUCCUGUUAAUAAGCGAAGGAAAAGUCAGGCAAAGAAGUCAAUUUGUAUUCCAGCAGCAGCAGCACCAAGCAGUAGACAAGGUGGAGAGGUAGUUCCCUCUGAUCUGUGGGCUUGGAGGAAAUACGGUCAAAAACCCAUUAAAGGUUCUCCAUAUCCAAGGGGUUACUAUAGAUGCAGCAGCACAAAGGGUUGCCCUGCAAGGAAACAAGUGGAGAGGAGCAGAACAGAUCCAAACAUGUUGGUCAUUACUUAUACUUCCGAACACAACCAUUCAUGGCCAACUCAAAGAAACGCUUUGGCUGGUUCAUCACGAUCCAAUAAGAACACAAUCACAACAACAAAGCCAGAAGAGCAACAACACAGCAACACUGACAGCAACACUGCGUUACUCGCAGUGAAGAAGGAAGACAUUCAUAAUAAUAACAAUCUUGAGGACUUGUUUGCAGAAUUGGGACAAGUGGAGCGUGAUUAUAUAUGCUGAUGAUCAUCAUCAUUAUUACGAGAAUGAUUACACCACCAGAUAGCACCUCAUUAUUUGAAGAUAGACCAAGAUAUAUAGGACCCUCGCAGGAGGUUAAAUAUAAGUAAAAAUUCACGAACACUUAUUUUCAUGCGAAGUUGUUAGUUGAAAAUCGUUAGAUAAUAAUUUUAUCAAACAUGUUAAAUAAUCUAAUGGUUCUCAACUAAUAAUUUU